GUGUCUGGUCAAUCGAGCUUUUGUUGAUGCUGAGUUCCAAUUCAGACCUCCAUAGACCUUGCCUGGCUUUGCUGUUGGAGUUCAGCUCAUUGGUGUACCAACGUCAAUUGGCGAGCCAUGGGCAAGGGAAUGAUAUGCUUACAAAAACUGUAAAGCCUAAUUUGUCAAAUGCUGAUGGCCUCACGUUUGUCCGAAUGAUACCUGAAUUUAAAUAGAAAAAACAAGGGUAUAGGGACUUUUGGGACAUCGUGUCAUGCAAUUAACAUUGUAUAUGAUAUUUUGUCCCACCAUACUGUGUGCAGAUAAUUUACUCUGCCACACAUUAAAGUGCAAGGGCCAGAAAGGUAUUGAUUUGGGUUGUGUGUUAAGUGAAGCACAUGGAUAACUACUGAGAACUGGGAGGAAUUUGAACAUUUUCCCUCCCUUGCGAUCAGUCAGCAACGGCCAGAUUCUGAGAUGUCUCUGAAAAUGUAUCCUGAGCGAUUAUCCUGUGAGGGCAGCACAGUGCAAGAGCGGUUAGCACAUCACCCUCACAGUCACGACUGUCCCAGGUUUGACUCCUGGCUGAGGCGUUCCUUUGUGUAAUGGGGGUUCGAGUCAGGGAUCCGGCCUUUUUGUGAUGAGUUUACAUUCUCCUUGUUCUCGCAUGGUUUUUCUGUGAGUACACCGGGUUCCUCCCACAUUCUUAAAAUAUGUACAGUAUGUUGGUUUUAUUGAAGACUCUAAAUUUACCCAUGGGUAUGAAUGUGAGUGUGAAUGGUUGUCUGUAUGUGCCAAGCGAUUGACUGGCAAUCAAUCCAGAAUGUACCCCACCUUUGGUCCAGUCAUACGGGAUGGGCUCUAGCUCACCUGCGACCCUUGAGAACUAUAGAAAAUGGAUGCCUGGAUGGUAUAGAAAACUAGACAAAAGUCUACAUGAAGUGCAGAACUGUACAUACGUUUUUUUCAUCAGAUGGCAGCAAUAUUUGUAUUUAUUUCGGGUGUAUUGUUACUGUAUCGGAGGAGCUAUUUUGAGCAAAUCCGGAUAAAAAUGUUCAUAGAGAAAUUCUUUUUGCCAUUUGAGUCACUGUGUAAAUGCCCGGAACGUAAAUGGCGCUGUCCCGUUUGUUUAAUUAAUUAAUUGCGGCGUUCUCUGUGCACCAGGAAAUGGUCUGCUAGCCAACAUAUCAACAAUCAAAAAUACUCUGCACGCACUUUUUGUCAGUCAAAAUGAAAUCCUGCCGCAACUAGAGAAUCAAUCUUCUGUAUACGUGCUGAAUAGAUUAGUAGUUUAUGUUGACUUAUGUUGUGUUACGAUUUUGCACAAGGAGUUAACUGACUGUAAGCAGGACACUUUUUGUUUAUUACUGUUAGCCGUAUUAAUUUCUACUGCACUGUUCUUGUUAGAGCGCAAUCUACCGAUUGCAGAAACUGCUGCCCACUAAAGAAAAAAAUUAAUUUGUUUUUUUGUUAAAGAAAUGUUUUAACAGUGCAACCUUGGUGGAGGUCUGUAUACUACUGACUGCUGUUCUUGUUUGUUGAUUUAUCACAGCAGUAUUAAGCCACAUUCCUUUUUCAGUCCAGCACAGUGUUAUGCUUUUCCCCGUUAAGCUCACGAGGAGUUCUUCACAGCCAGUGACAUUGAAAGACUGGCUUUAGUGUGUUUGUGUCUGUAGGCUUUUUGUUGCUCCAGAGUUUGUCUGUACUUGUGUGCACUCUUAGGUUCAACGGCACAGUUCACAGUCUGCGAGGUGGGAGGUGGUGAGUCCAUCAUAAAUAAUGGCAGUGAAUCAUCUAAGCCGACUGCGUCCACUCCUGUCUCAGUCCCUGGUGCGACCACUCAAGUGUACCCCCGUGGUCCCCGUAAGGCUCAGCGGCUCAACGUUGUUACCCAGAGCCCCGUGCCACCCCUCUACGUGCGCUCGACUUUAUGCCACCAAGAAAGCUAAAGCCAAGACAAAGGGACAGGCGGCAAAGAUGAAUAUUAGCGCCGCUCUGGUGGAAGACAUCAUAAGUCUGGAGGAAGUGAAGGAAGACAUGACGGCUGUUGUCAAUGCGCUCAAAGAUGACUUCACACGCAACCUGAGCAUCAGAACUUCACCAGGAGCUCUGGACCACAUUCUGGUAUCAACACAAGAUGGGAAGUUCCCCCUCAACCAGCUGGGCCAAGUCUCCAUGAAAUCCCCUCAGCUCAUAAUGGUCAAUAUGAGCAGCUACCCUGAGGCUACGUCGGCAGCUGCCCGUGCCCUGAGAGAGAGUAGCAUGAACCUCAACCCUGACGUGGAUGGGACAAUCAUCAAGGUGCCUGUUCCUAAGGUGACACGUGAGCACAGAGAGAACCUCGCCAAGACCGCCAAGCAGUUCAGCAACAAGGCCAAAGACUCUCUGAGGAGAGUGCGCUCAAAUGCCGUAGCGCAAGUGAAAAGGGCAAAGGAGGGACACUCUGAGGACACCAUCCGACUCGUAGAGAAACAGAUUCAGCAGAUGGCCGACAACAUCGCAGCAGACAUUGAGAAACAGCUCGCAGCCAAGACCAAAGAGCUGCUCAGUUGAAUGUGAGGAGACACACAUGCAGCUAUUCAAUACGUCAUCAUUCUGUCACAGCCACACCCACAGGCGGACAUGUUUAAUACGCAUUGUGUUGAUAUUCUACAGCAACAGCAACACGGUGGGAAUAGGUUUUGGACUUUGGUGCCGGUUUCAUAUGUAAGCGGGUGUUCACACAAUCCGAGAAAAGAGAAAAACUGGGCUGUUCUUCUGGACUUCUCUUUACAUGAUAAUAGGAUGGAUGGCUGUUGUGUUGAAGUCUGAAAAUUCAAACAUUUGAAAAUGGGUCUCAAAUGACACAGUUAUCGUUUCUGUGUGAACACUGAAAAUGUUAAUUAAAUCUUAUUCAUCAAUUUGUUCUUAUUCUGUGAACAUAUUUAGAAUCUCCUCAGACAAUGCGUACGUACGCACAAAUAAUGAAAGGUCCGCUUUCGAAAAAACAAACAUCUUUUACUCAAGCUGCACAAUGUAUUGCUACUAUGAAGUAUUAAUUCAUAAAAACUAUAACGGUAAUAUUUGAAAGCUGGACUUUGCUAGUGAUUUGACUACAUGUACUAAUCGUGAAAAUGGACAUUUCUCAUCACUUUCUGUGCUGUGUGUGUGUAUCUGCCACUGGCUAGCUGUUGCCAGUGGUCACUCAACAAUCACACUUCAUCGCGUGAUCUGAACAGUAAACAAGCUGCUGUAUUCGGUGUUUUCCUUACCACUACACACCAAUACGGAUGACGUGAUUUCCUAGGUGAGCGGUGUCAAACUUAUUUUUGUUGCGGGCCAUAUCGUAUCGUACUUAUGCUUUCCCAUGGAGGGUUGUUAUGACUGUAAACCCAUAUAAAGUGCAACAAUUUGAUUUUCAAAUUAAUUGACUAUUGUGAUAAUCUAGUAAUCGUUUAGAGACAGUGCGUAAAAAUUGUCCAAAUCCUCUGACUUAGAGCCUCUAAACAUUAAAUGAUCUCAGAUUUCUGUAGCCCUCCAUGAAAGCAGAAGGAUUAUCUUUCUGUUGAAUCAAAAUAAAACGUUUGCAAACAUCUGCUUUUACAUUGGAAAAGAAUGAUCAACAUUUAUGCCCAUUUUCUGACUCAUUACGGACCAAACCACUAUCUUAAUCAUAAUCAAUUUGUUUGUGCAUUUUCUGCACUGUUAAAUUGUUAAAGUUAAAAGUUGUUUUAAUCCGAUUCAUCGACUAAUCAAAAAGAUAACACAUUAAUUGAUUAUUAAAAUAAUAAUUGACAAUUUUUAAUUUGGCCACAUCACUUCCAAAGAUGCGAAGGAAAAUCCUCCCUCCUGCCUCUCUACUCUUGCCGUCUUCAAAUAAAUAUGUUACUGGGAACGAAUGGCUUUUUAAUCGGAUUUGUGGGCUUCCUCAUCAUCAACCCUCUUGCCACAAGGGCUGUCUGUUUAUAUAAAACAAGCGCACCCGUCUGGAUGUCAACUGGCUGUUGUUUUUUUUUUAUAAUCUCCUGGUGGCAAAAACAGACAUCUUCAACACGGUGCUAAACAUUUGCUUCACAUUCAAGAUUGAAAAUGUGUAUGCAUGUCGACUAUUGACCGCACGUCUUCUCUCCUUCAAAUGAUUAUUGAUGGACUCUAUUAAAGCCAAACCGCUUUGUA